AUGGGGAAAGCAGUCAUAGUGCAUCGGUCCCUCCCUUACAAUCAUCCCCCUCACUCCAUUGAGCUAGCCCCGCUAUCAGUGGGGCGGAUCCACGAGUCAGGGGAGCUGCAGUGCUCCUACCACGGAUGGACGUUCUCAGGAGAAGGUUCGUGCGGGUUCAUUCCUCAGGCUCCCACGGACGGACCAGCGGUGAAUGUCUCUCCAAGAGCAUGUGCGCGUGUGUACCCCUGUCGGGAGCAUCAAGGCAUCAUCUGGUUCUGGCCAGAUUAUUCCCCUUCCGCUGCUGCUGAGGCAGCUGCUGCUCCUCCUCCCCCGACCCUCCCUGAGUUUGACGACCCAACCUUCCGAUACGACACGGGCAUGUCAGACCUUGAGUAUGGCUACGAAUUGCUGAUGGAAAAUCUGUUGGACCCAGCGCAUGUGCCCUUCGCACAUCACAAGUACCAGGGCGAUCGCAACAAGGCAAGCCCACUGCCGUCCAUGGUGGUAACCAGCAUCACUGCACGAGGCAUUGAGGGGAAAAGCUUUGUAUUCGGCCCAGCUACUGUGGUGCCGCCCUGCACACUCAUUCAGAAGCUCUAUAUCGGGGGAAAAGUGCCAGAGGGGUCGGGACAGAAGCAGCGCACGGUGAUUCUCUUCUUCCACUGCAUCCCCCGCAUGCCGGGGCAGAGCCGCCUCAUCUGGUUCUUCCUCAAAAACAUCAUUCCGGCCUGGAUGCCCAUGCCUCCCGAGUGGUUCGUGCACCUGCUGCGAAUGAAAGUAUCCGACACGGACCAUGUGCUGCUGCACCUCACGGAGCGGCGGCUGGAGGAGGAGGGAGGGGCGGUGCAGGGGAUAAAGAGCUACUACACUCCCACAUCGUCCGACUCGUUCAUCUCGGCCUUCCGCUCCUGGCUGAGAAGGUUUGCGGGCUGCAAGGCCCGUUUCCCCGCCUAUGUGGAUCCGAAGCUGCCUCCUGCCAAGUCCCGGCGGGAAAUUCUCGACAGGCAGCGCUUCCAAGUGCGGCUGUUCCCCUACAGCCAGCAGGUGCAGCGCUGGUAUUUUGAGACGCCUCAAAAGUCAACCCCCCACACACCCCCCUCUCCCCAACACUUCCACCCCUCCACCCACAGGCAGCGCUUCCACGUGCGGCUGUGCCCCGACUGCCAGCGAGUUCAGCGCUGGUCUGACCGCCUCCGCACCGCCCUCUGGGCCGCCACACUCCUCCUCGCCGCCACCGCCCUGUUUCCCCUCGCCCCACCCGCCAUAAAGAAUGCAGUGGGUCCGGCUGGUGCUGUCUUCGCAGUGGCUGCUGCGGUGGCGUGUGCUGCUGCUGCUCACUGGUUGAAGGGGUUCAUUGAGAGAAAUUAUGUUUACGAGGACUUUGUUCAUGCACUCUGGUACCCUGCGAAGAAAUCAGCGUAA